AUGCGUUCUUUCUUUGUCUACUAAAAUAAGAAUCACGAUAGCUAAACUGCAGGGAAUGUCUUUGAUGUUAUUCAAGACGAACAGGGUCAUGCUCUAAAUUCAGAACUAGUUUAUUCAAGUGAAAAUCCUGUCCUGUCUCCAAUCCUAAUGCAUAGUGAACCCCAAUCACAUUCUUCAUACUAAUGGAACCAGGUGUAGAAAUUUCCAGACUAAAGUCAUUUAAAUUUUGGAAAUAAUACACUAGAAGAGAAGAAAAAGUAUAGUGUGACAAGUGAUUCUUAAAGACUGAGAUUUAUGAAUAUCCUAUCUUAAGGAGAUACAACAAUCAAAGAGGCGGCCAAAAAAUGUGACAUCAAUUACAGUACUGCAAAAUCCAUUGUCAAACUGAUGAAAGAUUAAGGCAGAAUAUUAAAGAAGAAGCAUAGAAAAACUUCCAUUUGUUCAACCCCACUUAAUAAUAAUAAGCACAAAUUGAGGAUGACUAGAUACAAAUCCAAAAAAGACAUAGCUGCGAUUUUACUAACUUUGAAGUUUAAAUUGUACAAAAAUAAUAGAAUUAGGAAUCUAGCACUACAACGCUCGAUAGACAGAGACACCAUAUUUAGCCAUUUGAUAGAGAAAGUAAUGGCUGAAGACACAGGUUUAAAAUGA